AUGCAAAGAAUGAAGAGGAUGAGAGGGUGGUGGGAUAGAGUGGGUAGGUGGGCGAGGGUUCCAAUCAAGGGAAUUUAUGCAAUUUUGCAAGUUGGAUGCGGGCUAAUAAUGGUGGGCGCGGAGAUAAGUGUGCCUAAUCACUUUUGCGAUAGACGCCCGAGAGACCGGUUACGCAACCGAAACGUGGGUUUCCGGGUCUUUUUGCGAAAUGCAACCCUCUUGAAGGUACUGCUCUUCUUUCUGCUGUUGGUAGAGAGGGGUAGAGGAAACGGUUACCACAGCCACGUUGAUGAGCCACACCCGUGGUUGUUUGAAUGCAGGAUGUUUUGCGUAAAAUGGGCAAGGAAAAAUAUGAAAAGAUCCUCUGACGCCUUCUAUAAGUUGGGAAAUGUUCCUCAAACGUGGAGCGGCGUAUCUUUGUGUGUUGCCCACUCCACCGACGGUUUUGUGAUGUAA